CCACGCCAUUAACGGCAAUCUCUCUCAACUCUCCUUUAUUAAUGUUGCAGUUAUCCUUAUGACCUUAUGUAUUGGGCCUGUUAUCAGCCGAGCUCACGUUUGAGUUUCUCCUCUGGUUUCUUUCAACUGCAAAUAGCCUGCAAUCGUAAACAAUGGCGACCCAACACCAGCUUCAUGUAGUGAUGUUCCCUUGGCUUGCACACGGCCAUAUAACACCCUUUCUAGAGCUGGCCAAGAGCCUCGUCACAUAUGAAUUGAGAAUUUCCUUUGUCUCCACUCCGCUUAACAUUACACGGAUUAAAAAGCAGAUAGUGCCUGGAAUUGAGCUGGUGGAGCUCCCAUUGCCAUCCAUAGACGGCCUGCCAGUAGGCGUUGAGUCCACGGCAGGUUUAUCCGAGAUAGGAAGAACAGACUUAAUACCGCUGCUCUUCCAAGCCCUAGAUCUUUGUGAACAGCCCUUCGCGACAUUGCUGAAACUGCUUUCCCCGGAUUUUGUCAUACAUGAUACGACGCUGUACUGGAUUCCUCGGGUUGCCGCCAAGCUGGGCAUUCCCACAAUAAAUUUCACGGUGGUUAACGUGACGUCCACGAGUUUCACAAUAGGGCAGCACAGGGACGGACUGCCCCAAAUCCCCACGGCCAGCGAUAUCUGUGAACCGCCACUGGGAUUUCCCUCUGAGGUCGUCCGCUACCGACUCUUUGAAGCGCGGAAUCAGCUGCCGUUAUAUCAAAACAAGCAACAUGGUAUUUGUGAGGGCCUCAGCUUCAUGGACCGCCUUUGCGUCUCUGUGGAGGAAAGCUGGGCAACGGUUUGCAAUACUUGCCUAGAGUUGGAAGGUAAGUUUGUGGACUAUUUUCAGACAAGCACAGGGCGAUUAAUGUUUCCCGUAGGGAUUUUAAUCCACAGGCUACCCCCGUGGCCGGCUGCAGAGCCUUGCUUGGCCUGGCUGGACAGGCAGGCCGAUCGUUCUGUGGUGUUUGCGUCCUUCGGCAGUGAAUGCCUUCUCGCCGCCCAGCAGCUUGGUGCUCUCCUGUUGGGCUUGAAGGAAAGUAAAAUCCCAUUCCUGUGUGUUCUUACUGGCCACGCGGCGGCUGAGUUGCAGCAAGGAUUUGUAGAUCGCACCAAUGGAAGAGGACUCGUGGUUACAGAGUGGGCACCUCAAUUGCAUAUCUUGAACCAUCCUUCCACUGGUGCUUUUCUUUCACACUGUGGGUGGAAUUCUGUGACAGAAGGCCUGAGGUUUGGAGUGCCUUUUGUUGCUCUUCCUAUCCAGUACGAACAAGGGUUAACUGCUAGGCUAAUUGCUGACGAAUUGAGGAUGGGAGUGGAGGUCAAAAGAAACGAGGAGGAUGGUUCUUUCACUAAGGAGGACAUAGCUAGAGCUGUCCGAGCUGUGAUGGUGGGGCAAGAAGGCUGUCAGAUUAAAUCCAAUGUUCAGGAAAUUAGUAGGGUUCUUACCAGUAAUGAUUCUCAAGUCCAUCGAACAAACAUACACAAGUUUUUCUCUGCGCUCAAGGAGAAAGCCUCCAGAAAACAAACUGUUUGAUAUAUUUCUAUAUAUAUGAUAAAGGCUUAGUUGAUUUGUAUUCAAUUCCAUUGUAACCUCCAAUGUUUUGCCAUGUCUUAAUUCUGGAUUUCCUCUGAACUACUUUUGUUGUGGUCGUAUCUAACAUCUCUUGAAGAUAAGGCUGCCAUCACUCUGUGAUCGUCGUUAUUACUUUUCACAUGUAUAAUUCUGUUUCAGAGGGAAGAAAAUGGCUAUUUCUGCGAUUGCAAUCCUCUUACUAUUCCCAAAUGGUUGAGCUGUUUCCUUAAGUGGCUCUCGAACCACUCAAUUCCUCUGAACAAAGUUGCUAGAAGACCGGCUUAAGUGAAUAAAAUAUAUAUUUUGUA